AUGGGUUCUGAAAAGGACCUAGAGGCGGAGGCGGAAGCGGGAGUGACGACAUCCAUGGCCGGCGACGGCGCCCACGGCCUCCGAGGAGGAUCCUCGGACCAAGCGACGAUGACGGAAAAGGAGAGUGAACAUCAACGACGGCACCUCUUUACCUCUUCAGAUGACCCGGAAAAGGCAAAGGAAAGCCAGAUGGAGGAAAGAAAGAGUUUUGACGUUGAGGACGCGACGGAUGGCGAGCAGCGGUCCCAGGAGGACAUCCUCGUCGAGCCUAUCCAAACAACCCGCUCUCAUGCAAGCGCACGAAGUCGCCUCUCCCGAAUCGCAAGUCUCGUAUCCCGCCGCGAGGAUGACAAUGACACCCUCCCCGUCACGGUUCACCCCCUCACCGACCUCCAGGCCGGUCUGGUCGGCUGGGACUCUCAGUCCGACCCCACCAUGCCCAUGAACUUCCCCCGGUCCCGCAAGUGGCUCAUCAUCUGUUUUCUCGCGGGUAUCACCUUCAUGACGCCCUUCGCCUCCUCGAUCCUAGCCCCGGCCAUCAGCAACUUCGACGAGGACUUUGGAAAUGACGACAUCACCCUCGGCACCCUCCCUGUGAGCAUCUAUCUGCUCGGCUACGCCGUCGGCCCGCUGUUUCUCGCGCCCCUGUCUGAGAUGUACGGCCGCCGCCCCGUCCUGAACGCCGCGAACCUCUUCUUCUGCGCCUGGCUCAUCGGCUGCGCCCUCGCGCCCUCGCUUAAUUCGCUCAUCGUCUUUCGUUUCCUUACGGGUAUUGGUGGCUCAGGGUGCCUAGCAAUUGGUGGAGGAGUGGUAGCUGAUAUGUUCCCUGUUGCAGAGCGAGGGAUCGCCUUGGCUGGGGUUAUGGGGGGGACUUUGAUAUCUCCGACUAUUGCGCCGAUCGCGGGUGCCUACAUCGCGCAGGACCUCAACUGGCGCUGGUGCUCCUGGAUCGCCUUUAUCGCCGCCACGCCCAUGGCCCUCAUCAUAGUCAUCUUCAACCAGGAAACCAACCCGCGCGUCCUCAUUGACCGGAAGGUCGCUCGCCUCAGCGUGGAACUCGGCCGUACCGACCUCCGCAGCGUCUACGACGACCCCCCCUCGGCGGGAGUACCCAAACCCACCUCCUCCCAACUCCUCCGGCGGGGGCUCAGCCGCCCCUUGAAGUUGCUCUUCCUCUCCCCGAUCCUCUUCAGCGUGAGUCUGUACUGCGCUUUCGCCUACGGAGUCCUGUACCUCCUCUUCAGCACCAUCCCCCUCGUCUUUACCUCCACCUAUGGGUUCUCUGUCGGCAACGCGGGGCUCGUCUACAUCCCCCUCGGCCUCGGCUUCAUCAUCGGCAUGGCCUUCUUCACCACCCUAUCGGACCGCACCGUCGUCCGCAUGACAAAGGCGAACAACGGCGUCUACGAGCCCGAGAUGCGCCUCCCGGACUGCAUCUACUUCGCCGCUCUGCUGCCCGUCACGUUCUUUUGGUACGGCUGGACCGCCGAGUUCAAGACCCACUGGGUCGCGCCCGUAAUCGGGCUGUUGCCGUUCGGCGUCGCGAUCCUGGGCAUCUGGCAGCCCAUACAGGCCUACGUCAUUGACGCGUAUCCGCUAUAUGCCGCCUCGGCGAUAGGGGCUUUCACCGUCUUCCGCAGCGUCGUCGCGGCGUUUCUGCCGAUGGCGGGACCGGCAAUGUACGACGCCCUGGGGCUCGGUUGGGGGAACAGCGUCCUGGGCUUCAUUGCGAUUGCGCUCAUACCCGUGCCGGCGCUGAUAUACAAGUACGGAGGGCGGUUGCGGAAGUGGCAGAAGCUGGAGCUUUGA